AUGGGUCAAAGCAACCACACCAAUAUGGAAGAAUUUGUCUUCAUUGAACUCUCUCGCUUCCGGGAAAUGGAGUUUUUCUUGUUUGUGGUCUUCCUUGCUGUGUAUAUCACAACUCUGCUGGGCAAUGCCCUCAUCGUGGUGACCAUCACCCUUGAGUCCCACCUCCACACUCCCAUGUACUUUCUCCUGCGGAACAAAUCGGUCCUGGACAUUGUGUUUUCAUCCAUCACCGUUCCCAAGUUCCUGGUGGAUCUUUUAUCAGAGAGGAAAUCCAUCUCCUACAAUGGCUGCAUGGCACAGAUUUUCUUCUUCCACUUUGUAGGCGCAGCAGAUGUUUUCUUCCUCUCGAUCAUGGCCUUUGACAGAUACUUGGCCAUCUCCAGGCCCUUGCACUACGUGACAAUCAUGAGGCGAGAGGUGUGGUUAGGCUUGGUGGUGGCUUCCUGGGUGGGAGGAUGCUUGCAUUCGAUUUUCCAGUCAAUUCUGUUACUGCCCCUCCCGUUCUGUGGCCCCAACCUCUUGGAUGCCUUCUAUUGUGAUGUACCCCAAGUCGUCAAACUGGCCUGUACCGACACCUCUACCCUGGAGCUUCUCCUCAUUUCUAACAAUGGCCUGGUGACCCUGCUGUGGUUCCUCCUGCUCUUAGCGUCCUAUACUGCCAUCCUUGUCAUGCUGAGGUCUCAUACCGGGAAGAGCCGGAAGAAGGCUCUGUCGACAUGCACCUCCCACAUCCUGGUGGUGACUCUUCACUUCGUGCCUUGCGUGUAUCUCUACUGCCGGCCCUUCACCACGCUGCCCAUGGACACCGCCGUGUCUGUUAAUAACACAAUCAUCACGCCCAUGCUGAACCCCAUGAUCUACACCCUGAGGAAUAAGGAGAUGAAGUCAGCCAUGAAGCGAAUAUACAAGAAGCUUGGACCCUCCGAGAACAGUAAACUGGGGUGA